GCCCACACCCCACCGCAAAAGCACGCCCCAACCCAAUACGUGGCACUCUAGCACCCACCGUAUGCCUUGCAUCCCACCUAGUCCCUUUCCCCCCGGUUUUCUUUCCUUCUGCCGUGAUGUGACGGGCUCUCCUCACCGCUUUGCCUAGUGCCUUUUUCUUUUGCUUCUGGUGCUGUCGUAUGUUCGUAUACUGUGUUGGCCUGUUUGUUUUAUCCACGUCAUGUCACGGCACGUCGCGGGACUCGGUGGUGCGCGUGGGGGGAUUCUUGUGGCUUUACUACGUGUCGUUGGCUUUUUCGCUGUGGUGAUGUUGUGUCAUGUGUUGUGCGUUGGUAACGGGGUGGGUUUGUUGGUCGAGGACUUCUUGAAGCAGAUUGGAUAGAUGCAGAUACAGAUAUAGAUGAAGGUGUUCGAAACGGCUUAGCGGAAGCUCUCUCUACGAUGAUGAGAGGUUCAAGGGGAAGUGGUUGGUGUCGUCGUUGGAACCUUGUUCUAUGUAGAGGUGGAGAUGGCUGGUUCUGAAGAUGAGAUGGAGAGAGGAUUAAGAUUGUAUGGCUGUGGUAACACACUGACUCUGGGAAUAGUGUUCUUAUUGUUCUGUCUAGAUUUCCUGCC